UAAUGGCCAUUCUCCGUGGGACGAAGAAGAAGAAGAAGAAGAAUGAAGAAGAAGAAGACGGACGACGAGUUCGAAAACGGUUUGUACCACUGAGCGAUCUCACCUGACUACUGAUAUGGAAGAUGAACCUGAACCUGCUACUCAGUCUCGAAGUGCAGAGUAUAAGUCCGACCUCAUUGCCCACAGAUAUGUGAUCAUAAUUUUAAUGGCGGCGCUAGUUUGUGCAUUGUUUUUCCUCCUUUGGAUAUACAUGUCGAAGUACGGUGGCAGCCACAUCCAAGGUGAUCCCUCUUGCUGCCCGGAAGAGGUGAAACGGUUAGCAAGUACCGUCGACCGAAGCCUAGAUCCCUGCGGAAAUUUCUACUAUUACGUGUGCUCUAACUACGAAAGGCUCGGCUUAGGUCCAUUUCUCAGCAUCGGCGAUCGGCUUCUGCACGAAAUUCGUCGGAGUGGAAGCGUCAACUCCUCACAAGACAAGUACCAUCUUUGGCAAUACGACCACUCGUGCAUGAACACCAUAUGGCCGGUAACCACAUUUGCUAGUGAUCUAACAUCGGGCAUCAUUGAAGAGUUCGCCGUUCGAGCCCGCAUGACUCAACAAGAGGUUGCUCUCUUUCUGCUUCGGACAAACGUGGUGUACAGAAUUGGAAACGUCAUCGCAGUGAUCGUAAACGCGAAGGAAAUGUUUUCCAAGAUAAAAGCCAUAGCAGCAUUUAAUUCCCUCUUGAAGACGGACGUUAACCAGGAUGCCAUAAAGGCGGUGAACGAUAUCCUCCCGGAGCAAGAUUACGCGCACAACUUUGAAAACUUCAGUCUUUUCAGGGAUAUCUUUUCGGAUGUACCUCAAGAGUCCUGGAACGAGCUACAAGAUGAAGCACCUGUUGCAUUCGACACCAGCAAGCCAAUCAUCAUCUCGAACGUCGCGAAACUGAAGAAGGUUCUAAGCGUCCUAGCCAAUCCCAAGAACCAACCGGCAAGCGUUGCCCUAAUGACCGUCAGCGCUGUUUUCAAUGCGCUGGUACGGUUCAAACUUCCGAAUCGCAAGUCCAAAAGUUCCUCCCUGUACGACAGACUCAACUCCAUCUGCUUCCAGCAACUUAAAUCGCUGGGACAUCUCAUAACGACCAUGUACGCGACAGAGUUGACGAACAGGGCGAAGGACGACCACAUCAUCGAGAUCCAUACCGCAGUAAUGAAAUCGAUUUCUUCACCCGAAGUCUCCGGGACUGUCUUCAGCGAGGAGGAUCAACCUCUCGUGUCGUCGGUGUUGCAAAACAUACGACUCGUGCUGCCGUCCGAAUAUGUCUUGACAGACAUCGACUUUCCGAACAUGACGGACGAGUUCGGAAGAAAUUUUUUACGAGGCUUGACGUACGAAGCCAAGUAUCGACAGGCAAAGGUACGACAGCAACUUCCCAGGGACGUGAAUGAGAAUGCGGACACGAUGCUGGUCAACAAUUCGCUCUAUGUGUCGUCCAGGUACUACGCCGCUUCAAACUUUGAGAGCCCAAACAGAAUGGUUCUGAAUAUGGCUAUUGUUGGAAUUAGAAUGGCCGAGUCCUUGUGGCAAUACUUGAUGACGGGCAGGAACUGGAGCAACGAAACUUCCACGAAGGCCGACGGGGUGCUAAACUGCUCCCACGGCAGCCUCGUCGAUGCGGCUCAGGUGUCCAGGAGAACACUGGCGGUGCGGACCGUCCUACGCGCGUUGGAUCGAAGUGGCUGGAACAACAAGCAAACCUGGCAGGACUGGAAGUUGUCCCUAGGCGAAGUGUUUUACAUGUGGUACGUAAACAGCGAAUGUAUGCCACAAAACGCGCGGGGAGAUGGUGAGAACGUGAACGCUCCUCUGAGGAAAAUUGAGGACUUCAUAGAGACGUUCCAGUGCCCAGCUGGAAGUUCUAUGGCACAGAUGGCGGCAUGCUGAGGACAAUGAUAGGUUUCAAAUGUGUUGCAUUGUAAUAGGAAAUUGACCACGCGCAUAGUGCACGCUGCUGCUUAGUAGUUCAUCCGCUAUAUUUGGUAUGUAUACUUGUUGAGGUGUGCAAUAUGUUACUUCAACGACUCUUGAAUUAUACAACGAAUAUUUUCGUU